AUGGAUGAGUGGAUUGUGGUACAAAAAAAAAAAUCCGAUCGUCAUAAAAACCAAGUCAUUGAUAAAUUAACACUUAAAAAUGAAAAAAAACAAAAAGAGAAAAAAAACGACAAUGCGGAAAAUAAUAUAUAUGAAGAAAAAGAAAACAUAAAAAUACAAACUAUAUAUAAUAUAAAAAAAAAAAUGAAUGUAAAAAAUAUUUGUAAAAAUAUAGAAAAUGUUACUUGUCAUUUGGAAAAAAAUGAAUUUUUUAAAAAUUUUAAAAACAAGUUUAAUACAAUAAAUAAAGAAAAUGUUAAUAAAGCGAUCAUUUCUUUAGGUCUCGGUUCAUUAAUUGAUAUGAAUUUAAAUAAUAAAAAGGCUUGUAUUUAUCAAUUUGCAUUUUUAGUAUUAUUAAAAAAAGUAUAUGAUAUAAAACAAGUAUAUAUAUACGAUCCGAAAAUUUCAGAGGUUGAUCGGUAUGUGUGUGAGUACUUCAACAUAAAAAUUUUAAUUUGCUCUAAUGAAGAGGAACACAAAAAUGAUGAGGAAGAUAAUAAGAGUAGUGAUAAUAAAGAAAAUAAUAAUAAUAUAGAUAAUUAUAGUGAUCAUAAUUAUAUACAUACAUUAAAACAUAAACAAAAUAGUAAGGACACACAUAUUGCCAAUGAUGUCCCCUUACCUUAUACAGAAAAAAUGAAUAUAAUUAAAUUUUCAAGCAAUAUAGAAAAAGUCAUAUUAUUUAUGCCACAUUGUGAUAUUCAUUUAUAUGGAGAUAUUUUAUAUUCUAUUUUUGUUAAUGAAAAAUUGUUUUAUAAGAAUGUACAAUUUUAUUUUAAUUUAGAAAAUACUAUAUUUCUUGGAAAUUCUUUUGACUAUUAUAAAGACCAUUCUUAUUUAUAUAAACCUUUUGGUUUACCCUCUUAUGUUAUUAAAAUGUUAAAUGGAAAUUGUCAAAAAUUAAAUAUUUCAAUACAAGAAAACCAUAUGAAUAAAUUGUUGACACAUUUUAAAACAUACCAUUUUAUUUUUUAUAUCCUAAAUUUCGUACAUGAAACAAAAUUUCCUAUUUUUUCUGAUCAUGUUGGAUCGUUCAAUGAUUUGUCAAUUACAAUCUUUCAUAAGAUAGAAGAUAAGUUAAAAUUCUGGUCGCACAUUUAUGAAUCUUUGAACAACAUGUGA